AUGGGGAACCCGACCAUGCAGAGAGCGUUGGCGGCCAGACGACAAGCUCUCGGGAUGCAACAACGGGAUCCCGAUUCUACCGAUCCAGUGGGAGGGGGAACGAGCGGAGAGGGACCGAGCGAGACCAACUACUUUGAUGAUGUAUCGCUCCCGUUGAAGAAUCGAAGGGUGAAGACGAACCAGUGGAGCGAUGUGGUGACGGCAGAGGAGCAGAGGAUUCGUUUUCUAAGGGUGGAUGCUCGCCACAGAUGUCUAUUUGGCCGUGGAAAGAGGCAUCAUGUUGGGACUGUAACCGUUUACCUGUCUCUGUGGUACGAGGCUGCAUCAACCUUUCGGGGACUUCUGAAUGCAGGGGAUAGAUCCCAGUCCGUGCUGUUGGUGACCUCAGUUAAUCCUAAAGUGUUCGGAGGGAACCUGUAUUUGAACUCCACACAAGGAACUAGGUUCUUCUUUGACACCAACAUCCCUGAAGUAGCAGAGUUUGUAAGCAGUGUCGGGGCCACUGCCAUUCAGGGUUAUACAUGUAUUGACACUCUCGAAGGGAUCAAGAAAAAGGAACUUGUCUCGAUAGGGGAUCUCAACACCUUCAUAUCCAACUCCAGUGAGCAGUCAUUUGUGUCAUGCACUGGUUGCCACAAAAAAUUGGAGAGACAUGGAACUUCCCUGAACUGCACCCGAUGUGUGACUUCUGACCUGGCUGGUGUCCUCAGAUUUCGUGUUGAGCUAGCUGUUGAUGAUGGCAAAGAUAGCGUUACAUUUGUUGUCCUCGAUAAGGAGAUGUCAAAACUAACCAAGCAGGACGCUGCUGUUCUUGCUCUCGAUAUGGUGCAUGAGGGUGGAGAGGAGCGUCUCCCAGGUUGCCUUGAAGAGCUAGAAGGGAAGGAGUUUGUGUUCCAGAUCCGAGUCACACCUUUCAACUUCACUCCUAAUCACCGUACCUUCACUGUCUCCACCAUCACUGAAGAUGUCACCAUAGCGAACCAUGUCAAGGAACACUUUGAGGGGCUCCCUUCAAACAGUGAGGACAACGUCGAACUGGCAGCUUCUUCUUCUGGCCCUCCUAUCAUAGGAGACAAGAUUAGUGAGGGAUAA